AUGUUCCGCAAUCCUCGAGAGAACAAAUCUAUGCCGGUAGACGACCGAGUCCUUCCCUCCACGGGCCGCCCACCGACUCCUCCUCCCCCAGGCCUGAAGGCAAGCCCUUACUUCUCUCUGCCAACCAAGAACGCAAAAGCACAGGCGAAGCCGGCUGAAAAGAUCCGCUCGCCGAUGGCAAAGACUCCUGUGAUCGGCCGCCAACUUGCCUCCAAAACCACGUUUGCGAAGAAGACCGGCAACCAGAGUAUAUUGAACUUCUUUGAAAAGGCGAAUACACGGGAAGAGGCUCAAGCCCUUGCAAGCGCAGCUGCCCCGCUGUUCUUCAAGGAUGCACAGCAAAGCGGUAUAGCCGCGAGCUCGGCUGCGGAGGAGACGAAGUUCAACGAAGAUGCAACACCGGUCAAGCGGAGGCGGGUUGAUGACGACGAGGAUUUUGAGACUGCAGUUGGCACACCCUCUCCUAAAAUCCAGAAUAGCCCCACUGAAGCCACCAGGAUCGAACAUGCGGGUGCCUUGGGUACAGAGCAGGCAGAGCGACCCAGAAGAUACAGAGCGGGAUUCUUGGACGACUCGAGUGACGAGGAAGAUAACGACUGGACUGCAGCUAUCAGUGGUGCAGCUGCCGACGACACCGAUGAGUCGAAUCAAGUACGAGGACUAGACACUGAAGAGUCUUUGGACGCCAUUGACCCCAAUACACGCCAGAGCCUAACGAGAAUUGCCACCAAACAGUUCAACUCGGGUUCUGGAUCUGCGGCAGUCGGAUCUGCGGACGAAAAUAUCCCUGGACGUUCAGGAGUCCUUGCAGGAGAUGUUCCAGCACUGAACCGUGAGGCCACAAGUGUUUUCGAGGCUGGCGAGUUCGGGGACGAAGACUUCGUGAACGACGAGUUCUUCGAGGGUGGAGAGGAGUUUAUGGAGCGCCGAUGGAUGGAAGAGCAACGAGAGAUGGGCAUGGAAUUCGAUGACGAAGAUUCGAAAUCAGAGGCUGACAGUGUAUGGACACCACGGAGCUAUGUCGAAGAUGAGCCCCCUGGCGAAUCAAAUGAAGAAUCCCCGGGUCUAGCAGUAUGUCCCGUAUGUAUCGGAAGCAUUGCAGGACUAUCUGAGGCACAGAUAUCGAGUCAUGUCAACGCUUGUCUCGACAACAAGGCCGUCCCAUUACCAAUGAAACCUGAACCGGAUACCACAACACUGAAAGCAAAGCCACUCAGGCGCAAAGCCUCAGACGCCGCCUCGGCGACGGCUUCUCUCAAGCGAUUCCAGCGCGCGGCAAUUGCACGCCCUGGCCAGUCCAACCCCUUUGGCUUGGAUAAAGACUCUAAAGGAGGCUCAGCGUUCACCCGACUCAUGUCUGGUCACGCAGAAGACGCCGCCUGGGCCGAAGCGGCCUCGAAUGAAAACCAAUCUCGUGGAAAGCCAGCAUAUCAGCGAACAUGCCCGUUUUAUAAGAUCAUGCCGGGCUUCUAUAUCUGCGUCGACGCCUUCCGCUAUGGUAAGGUUGAAGGUCAGAACGCUUACUUUCUCAGCCAUUUCCAUAGUGAUCACUACAUUGGCCUCACAUCCUCCUGGUGUCACGGCCCGAUCUACGCCAGCAAAGUCACAUGCAACCUCAUGCUGCAGCAACUGAAAGUCGACCCGAAAUGGGUUGUUCCGCUCGAGUUCGAGAAAAAGGUCGAGAUACCCGACACAAACGGAGUUUUGGUGACAAUGAUCCCGGCGAAUCAUUGUCCUGGUUCGUCACUAUAUCUCUUCGAGAAAGUGACAGGCAAGAAUAAAGAUGGAUCGGCCAAGCUGACUCGAAUACUUCAUUGCGGCGACUUUCGAGCUUGUCCUGCGCAUGUCGCCCAUCCACUUUUGCGUCCCGACGUUGUCGAUGCCAUCACCGGUCAGACGAAGCAACAAGUUAUCGAUACUUGCUACCUAGACACGACCUAUCUGACACCCAAAUACGCUUUUCCCAGCCAGCAGGAUGUCAUUGAUGCUUGUGCUCAGAUGUGUGUUAGCCUAUCGAAAGAGAUCGUCGAUUCGAGCGACAAUUGGGAAAAGGUCAAAGCCGAUCGCGCCGGGAGCGUGAUGAAGAAGUUCUUAGAACAAGGCGAUAGUGAAGUCGUCGACGCUGGACUCGAGCAGACGGAGAAGAAACCUAAACCGCGUGGCCGUCUUCUCGUGGUAAUCGGCACCUACUCCAUCGGCAAAGAACGAAUCUGCCUCGGAAUAGCCAAAGCGCUAGGCUCCAAGAUCUACGCGCCUCCGGCGAAGAUGCGCAUAUGCAGGUGUCUCGAGGACCCGGAACUGGACGCUCUGCUCACUGAUAAUCCACUCGAAGCACAAGUACACAUGACACCACUGAUGGAAAUCCGCGCUGAGACACUGCACGACUACUUGAUCGGCUACAAUGGUCAUUUCGCCCGUGUCGUCGGUUUCAGGCCUACUGGUUGGUCCUACCGUCCUCCCACGUCUCGCUUCACCGAGAACCCGGCCGUCGGCACAGUUUUGCAUUCCGAGGGUUGGAAGACGCGCUAUUCGAUGCGUGAUCUCGCCCCUCAACGAGGGAGUACGAGGGAAUCGAAUUGUUUCGGAGUUCCCUAUUCUGAGCACAGUUCAUUCCGCGAGUUGACCAUGUUUUGCUGCGCUCUGAGGAUUAAUCGCAUUGUGCCCACAGUCAAUGUAGGGAGCGCCAGGAGUAGGGAGAAGAUGAAGGGAUGGAUUGAGAAGUGGGAGGUCGAGAAGAGGAAGAACGGCAUUUUCAAAGUCGAGGUUGGCGCCGAGGGAUGGGGUUCAGGAGAUGGGCAGUUGAGGUAUGGAGUGUGA